AUGUUUAAUAGAAGAAGACGGUCUAGACAGUCAACAUCAUAUACUGGAGUCAAUUCACCACGUGGUACUGAAAGGCAACCCAGUUCUGGUGCUUUGGCUGCAGCUUCGGUGAUUGGUAAAGCAUUAAAGCAGAAUGGAAAUAAUCCGGUGGGAAUGAAACUUCCUCCGCAUCAAAAUUCCAGGAAAUUCGGUGGCAUGUCCAGAACUUUAUCCAUGAAUAGCAAUAUGUCACGCCGUAACAGUUUACAAACCAUUUCGAGUGCGAAUCGUAAGCGACUCGAGGUCAGAAAGCUUUCAAAUAGUUCAAGUAUGUACAAUUUGAGCUUGAGAGAUCGCCGUUCGAUUUCAGACUUCUCGGAGUACAGUUCGCAAGUUAGCAGAAGCAGGGCAAGGCAGAUUAAGGAGCCGACAUAUUAUAAAAAGGUGAAGAAAUGGGUUCCUUCAAAGCGUGGACUCGUCAGUGUUGAAGUAAUGGUUCCUGUCUCUGAAAAGCAAGAAAAAGGCUCACGAACCGUUACACCACAAACAGAUCGUACUUACUCGUUGAGUGUGGGCACGUACAGCCGUGUACGGCAAGCAAAUCGAACUCCUACUAGGAGUAGGCCAAUUAGCAUGAUGUCACCUUCUCAUGUUCGGAGGUUAGAGAUGACGGAGUUUGACUUUGAGCCUUCAAUUCCAGAAAGUUUGGAGGAGGUCCAGGAAGAGGAUGAAGAGAUAAAGACUAGUGUCCAGGCUGCGAGAGAGUACUCUAUGGCUAAGCUCACUAAUUCUCCAAUAAAAAGGAAGGUGGAUAAUAUAGAGACUAAUACAACCAAUCGGAAUGCAAUUUUGCCAGAUGCAGAGAGCCAUCCAAGGGACAUUGAAGGGUCGUCUGAAACCGAGAAAGUCACAGAGAAGGAUGAGUCUGUAAGUUCCGAUAGUCAUGAACAGGAACACAAUUAUGGUACUGUUCGUCCGCAAAUAACGGAGAUAACUGCAUCAAAUGACAGUUUGGCUAAGGGUCAAGAAUUAGAGAUAGUUAACAGCUACACGACACCCGGUGAUGAAAACAUUGAUGAACAUUUGAAGGAGAGUGUCGAGAAUUCUUUGGUUGCAGAGGAUGGCAUUUUGCCAAAUGGGCAAAAUGAGCAGGCUAAGGUAUCCGAGUCGGAUGAUAAAGUAAUUGUACAGAAAGACGGUACGGACAAGGAGAAAUCCGGUGACAAUGAAUCUACGCAACAAACUAAUGGGAAGGAAGUUGUACAUCGAAAGCAGAAAACUAAUGUAAGCACUACCUCUGAUAGAAAGUCUGUGAAACCAACCGUUAAUCCAACGUCUAUGGCACAACAAAUGAGGAAAACACUCGGCAUUAAUGAGCUUUCUUCUACUGGGGAAGACCGUAUAAAAUUAGCAUCAUCGUCAAUUGUGAAGCGUCACUCUGUAUUGAAGAAUUCAGAGGAUGGUCAGGAAUAUUCUUCAUACAACGCAAAGGGUAUCACAGGUCCAUACUUAUCACUUGCAACUGCCGAAAACACGAGGCGUAAUGCGAUGGGCUCGUCACCAUCACCAAUGCGAAUAAAUUCUAUGUACACUACGCCUGUGCGCUCCCAUCAUACCAAUGCAAAAUUGUCAGGAUCACCUGUUAUGCUAACAUCUCUUCGUGCACCAAAGCCCAAAAACUCUUCCUCGAGAAACCACAUGCUGUCUUUAAGAUCACCUGGUUCGGUACCUGAUAGGAGUCUUUUUGUGCAUUCGCAUCCUUCGGUUCAUUUGUCUGCUGCUAAAGUGGCAGUAGAGCAAUACUACGGUGAGGAUGUUCUUCAUAAAAGAAAGCCUGUACCAAAGCAGAGGCCUAAAUCAGUUGCGCAAAUUAAGGCUGAAGAACUUCUUAAAAAGGCCAAGUCCAGACCUCCAGUCCGGCUUGAAACUGUCUUUAAUCCAAACACGGAAAAUUAUAAUGAGUUGAAGAGAAGCAGUUCGUUUGAAGGUAGGCGUCAUGAUAAAAAAGAUGAUACCAUUCACAAGAGGCUUACAUUGAGAGAUUUACCCGACGAUUAUGCUCAAGCAAGUGACAGUCAGUUUGUUUCAUCUUCCAAUUUCAAAUCACGAAUUCCAGAUUCUGAUGAUGAUGAUGAUGACUUCAACGAGGACUCUGUAUAUUCUCCGAAAGUCAAAAGUCAUCAUCCACCACAACAGCCUCAACUUAUGCUGAGUCAGAUUGAUGUUCCUCAGAAGAAACAUCACAGACACUUUAAAUUGUUUGGGCACCAUCACCAUCAUGAUUCAUAUGAGGGUUCAAUGAUAAAGGAUGAUUAUGCUCGACAUGAUUCGAAAAAGAAGAAGAGAUUUAGGAAAUUCAAGAAAUUCUUUUCGACCAGCGGCUGA